GAGGAAGUCCUCAGCGCCUUUAUGUAAUAGAGUAGGGCCCGGUGCGGCCGUCCACCGAUCAUCCAGUAGCUGAUCGAUCGUUCUAGCGGUUGGAUGUGUGUAGCAGGCGUUUAAGCGCUACUUAAGCCGCCGUAAGCGCGUUAGACGACGAACUGGCCUGUUGCAAACAUCAAUUACCUGAGCACCAAGUGGGCUUUUUUCUGUGUGCUUGUGUGUGCUGUGACUCUGCGUGUGUGUGCUUUAGUGUGCUGUGAAAAUUCUCCUUCGCAUCCCCCCCAUAAAAAUGUCCCUCAAACCGUUCGACAUUGAGGUGGAUGCGCCCGGCGACGAGCUGAUGGAGAUUGCGCGCCGCGAGCUGCGCGAAACGCCCGAAAUGCGCGCACAGGCGGUGGAAGAGCUGCGGGCGCUGUUGCGCGAAGCGAAGGAUAUGCACUUCAGUGAGGAGGAAGCGUUUCUGCUUAUCUUUCUCCGGCCGUGUCACUUUUACGCCGAAAGUGCGCUGAAAAUGAUGCGCCGUAUUGCCGAGUUCAAGAAGACAAACCAUCCGCUCCUGCACGCCCUCAAGCCGGAGGAGGAAAAGCUCGCCUUUGUCGAGCAUAACGUCGUGAACGUGCUGACCAACCGCGACCAGAAGGGGCGCCGCGUGCUGCUGGUCAACUGUGGUGCCGCCUGGGACCCGAAAGCGGUCAGCUCGGAGCAGCUGUUCCGGGUGUUCUUUCUCAUUCAUCUCGUCGCCCAGCUCGAACCGGCCACCCAGAUCAACGGCGUCGUGGUGGUGCUCGACUUUGACGGACUUUCGCUCAAGCAGGUGAAAGCCCUGUCGCCCUCGUUCUCCAAGCGGCUCAUCACGUUCAUCCAGGACGCGAUGCCGCUGCGCCUGAAGGAGGUGCACAUACUGAAGCAGCCGUACAUCUUCAACAUGGUGUGGGCACUCUUCAAACCGUUCAUCCGCGAGAAGCUAAAGAGUCGCAUCUUCUUCCACGGCAUGGACAUGCGGAAGCUGCACAAGCACAUCGAUCCGAGCGAUCUGCCGGCGAACUAUGGCGGCGAUCGGCCACCGAUCAACUACGGCGGCAGGGAGUGGUAUCCUUGCGUGUACAACUACAUCGACCACAUCAACCAGUGGAACACGUUCGGGUUUUUGCCGAACGUGCAGUGAGAAAUGGCGGUGGAGUAGGAGAAGUGAUGGGAGAAUCUAAGCUUCCAGCUAGAAUUAGGAGUACAUAAGCCUGAACCAUCUUAACUGAUACCCUCCGAAUAUGCACAGUCGAAUAUUAGUAACGUUAGUAACUUACGGUUAGGAUUUCGCGCGUCCAAUUCCACGUAGAAGCCUUACAACAAGUCACAAGAGCCUUACACCAAAAGGCUCUUUUUUAGAUUUUAAAUGACGCUCAAGACUUAGGAAUAACUACUUAACAAGGGAGAGAGAAAAAAAUGAUCUUUUGCAUCUCUCCGAAGAUCUCCAGCCAGAG